AUUAACUCUUUGCACCUCAGAACACCACAGGCUCCUCCCCUCUCCUGGAGUAGAAAGGACUGCUUGUAGCUAGAAGCUGGGGAAGGGUCGGUGGUCCCAGUGACAGCAUGGUGGUCCUGCUAUCAUCCCUGUGCCUGCAGCGCUGCUUUCGCCUCGCCAUUCCUCUCACUAUCCUCUUAUUGUUCCUUCUUUAUCUCAGUGAGCAGGUUCUCGGUCUUUUGUCAGGCUGCAGGGCACAGGCACAGCCCAGCAUUCCCAAUGGACCGCUGCUCUUCCAGGUACAGCCAGAGCUGGAAGCUCAAGUGGCCCCAAAGUGGGAAGAGCCUGCAUGUCUAGGGCCUCAGGGAAUGCUAGGUGGCAUGGUGAGGCCCUUCCGGGCCAGUCUGCACCUCCAGGAGGAUGUGGAGCUGCCCCAAUACCUGGAAGGCUGGAGGGAACUUCUCAGGUUCCUAACUCCUCUGGGCUCCAUCUUCACCUUCGCCUCCAGAGAGGCCUUCGCCAAGGUGGCCGCCCUAGAGGCGCACGUGAACGGCUUGCACGCGGAGCACUACGCGUCGCUGUCAGCUAUGGCAGCGUGGGAGCGGCGGGCCGGGUUGCUCGAGCCGCCCGACACUACGUCCCGGGGCCUGGCCGGGCCCUCGGGAUCGCGAACGCUGCUCGUGCUGCACCGCGCGCUGCGAUGGUCCCAGCUCUGCCUCUACCGGGUGGCGACCGGGACGCCGGGGGACCCGGACGCCGGCGCGCAGUGCGGCGACGCCUACCGCACAGCCCUGGCCCCGCACCACCCCUGGCUCAUCCGUCAGGCCGCCCGCCUGGCCUUCCUCGCCCUCCCCAGUCGCGAUCGCUUGCUGGAGCUGGCAUGUCCAGGAGCCAGUGAGGCGGACGCGCGGAUGGCGCUGGCCCGGGCGGCUGGCAUCCUGGAGGACGUCUACAACCGCACGCAAGGGCUGCUGGCGGGACACGGCCUGCUUCGGCUGGCCUGAGGAAGCCGCGCGCCCGGGGCAGGGGAGCCUUGGGGGACAGGGGGCG